UUCAACCCUUCACGCCGUUUCGCUUCUCCUUUUUUUAUGCUUCCAUCGUUUUGGCUUCACAGCUCUCUACUUUCUCUCUCCUAACCCUCUCCGGGGACCGAAAGCGGUUGUCUAGGCAGCAAAACCCACUGGAGGAUUACUCUAGUGGUGCAUAAGGUUUAUCAGAUCGGAAUCGGCGGUGUCAAUCCAGUGUUCCAUUAGGAAGGGAUUGGAUUUGAAGAUUGCUGAUGGCUGGUGAGAAGAAAGUUGAGAAAUCUGAGCAUGUUGCUGCAGGAUUGAAAUCAGAUUCUUGCAUUCAAUUGGCAGAUCAAGAUAUGGCUUCCCAGAAAGAUGGAAUGCAACAUGAUUCAACCUCUUCCUUGUCCUCUUCUGGAAAUGCUUCCUCCAGCAUGAAAGGUGAGACCAAUUUAGAGUCAGUUGCAGAGCAAGGUGUUUUCAAUCAACCUACAAGCUGUUACAAUUAUUAUUACCCAGGAUAUAAUGAGACAGUUACUCAAUUGGAUGAUCAACGCUAUUUUAAUGCUGGGGGCGGUUCUUAUACAGGUAGCCAAUCAGAUAAUGGUUCACUUCUCUAUUAUUUGCCUGGCUAUAAUCCUUAUGCUACUGGAACUUUUAUGGGUGUUGAUGGGCAACAGCAGUACUUCACUUCAUCGGGAUUUCUUCAGCAGCCUGUUUCAUAUGGGCCAGAAGCCAUGCCAUGCUACUCAUGGGAUUCAACAUAUGUCGGGGAUGUCGCAGCCGGUACCACUUCCAUACCUGGAAAGUCAAAAUCUGCUUCAAGCAAUAAUUCUUCAGUGAAGUCAAAUAGUUUCAACUCUAUAAGAACAAUGAACACUCCUACUAGCAACUUUUCGACGUUGCCUUUGGAUUCAAAGUCACGACCAUUUACUGCCUCAUCUAAUUUUUCCAAGUCUAUCCUUCAAACUCAACCUCUUAAACCAUUUAACAAGUUUGGUGCUGGUUUUCAAUCAGCAGGCCUUGUCAAGGGGUUUCACCCUCUUGGAAAGCUUUCAUCACUUGCUAACCGAAGCCAGGGUCUCUACGCUCAUGAUGGUCCAGUGAACUAUAGGCCAAAUGGUAGAGUAUAUAAUGGCAACAAUAGAUUUAUGCAGAGAGAGAAGUUUAACAGAAAUGGAGAGUUUGAAGCCUCAGCGGAGCUAACCUGCGGUCCUAGGGUCCAGUGCGGGAGCAGUACUUUAAAUUCAUCAGUUGAGGAGGGACAGCUGGCGCUUAGCAUUCAAAAAUAUCAAUAUAACCUAGAAGAUUUUCAGACUGAGUAUGACAAUGCAAAGUUCUAUGUUAUAAAGUCUUAUAGUGAAGAUGAUGUUCACAAGUGCGUCAAAUAUGAUGUUUGGUCCAGUACUCCUACUGGCAAUAAGAAACUAGAUGCUGCUUUCCAUGAUGCAGAGGCAAAAGCACGUGAGACAGGCACGAAAUGUCCUCUCUUCCUCUUCUUUUCAGUGAAUGGGAGUGGGCAGUUUGUAGGUUUAGCUGAGAUGGUUGGGAAGGUAGACUUUAAUAAAGACAUGGACUUUUGGCAGCUAGACAAGUGGAAUGGGUUCUUCCCAGUAAAGUGGCAUAUAAUUAAGGACAUCCCUAAUGGUCAAUUCCGGCAUAUUCUUCUUGAAAACAAUGAUAACAGGCCGGUUACAUUUACCAGGGACACCCAGGAGAUUGGACUCAAGCAAGGUGUGGAAAUGCUGAACAUUUUGAAAAGUUACUCAGCAAAGACAUCAAUAUUAGAUGAUUUCAACUUCUAUGAAAACCGGGAAAAGUUGCUUAAAGCCAAAAGGAGCAAUAAGACAGCUUCACCUCAAACAGAGAGAUAUAAGAGUAAUGGCAUCCCUCAGCAUUUAGGAGCAGGAGGAAAUAAAACUGACGAAUCAGCGAUGACUGGUAAAUCUGAUCCUGUAUCAUCUGUCAUCAGUCUCACUGAAAACCUGUCUCUUAAUUCUCGUCCAGCGAAGAGCGGUGCUGCUAUGAAUCCUAGAGAAAACGCCAUUUCCUCGGCCUCUAAUUCCAAGCCGUUCUAGAAAUUAGGAUAGUGAGUGAGAUACAAGCUUAGUUUUCUUCUUUUGCCUGAAAGGGUUAGGUUUUGGUGCAGUCUUUCAGAUGACAGCGAGAGUAUUAGGGAGCUAUUUUUUCUACUAGGCUGGGUUUUAGUCGUAGGUUUUUUAAUUGUCCUUUUUUUUCCCCCUCAAUUAUUCUUCUUUUUUCCUUUCGUUUCUUCUCUUGUUUUUAUAUCAAAAUUGGGAUAUGGUGGCAUGUGUGAUUGUUGUCCUUUUUAUGGUUUGUUUGGUUGACUGCUUUUUCUUGGUUUUGAAGAAUUUCGAAGUUCAUUUUAUGGUAAUAUGCUUGGGAACAGGAUCAUCAAAGGGGGGAGAUUGUUGUUAGGAAAACAAAGUACCCAAAAUAUAUAUUUUGAGGGUAAUUUCUGACUAGAAUGAAAGUAUAUGAUUUUAUUGUUUUUGUUUUAUAUAACAUUGUUACAUUUUGUUUGGGAGGUUGUAAAUGAAUUUACAGAAUAGUCUCCGUA